AUGUCUUGUGAGGAUUCUACGGCGGAAAAGGGAGGCAAUAGCCCUGUUGUGCUAUGUAUUGGUAUGGCGGGAUCUGGGAAAACUACGUUUAUGCAAAGGUUGAACUCUCAUCUACAUAGCAAGAAGAAGGCACCGUAUGUAAUUAAUCUUGAUCCUGCCGUGAUCAAAAUACCCUUUGGAGCUAAUAUUGAUAUUAGGGAUUCUAUCAAGUAUAAGAAAGUAAUGGAGGAGUACAAUUUGGGUCCCAAUGGUGCAAUUGUAACCUCAUUAAAUUUAUUUUCCACCAAGAUUGACCAAGUGAUCAAGUUGGUUGAAAAGAAACAAGGGAAAAUAUCUAAUGUGAUUAUAGACACUCCAGGCCAAAUCGAAUGCUUCAUUUGGAGUGCGAGUGGUCUGAUUAUUACCGAAGCUUUUGCAUCCACAUUCCCAACUGUAAUUGCAUAUAUUGUUGAUACGCCAAGAAACACAAACCCCACCACCUUUAUGUCUAAUAUGUUGUAUGCAUGCUCGAUAUUGUACAAGACCAAAUUACCCAUGAUUGUUGUCUUCAAUAAGACGGAUGUGCAAAGUUGUGACUUUGCCAAAGAGUGGAUGACCGACUUUGAAAGCUUUCAAACGGCGGUCCAGAAAGAUCAGGAUGAAAAUGGGGAGCAGGGUAGCGGUUAUAUGAGUAGUUUAAUAUAUUCCAUGUCUUUGAUGUUGGAAGAGUUUUAUCACACAUUAGAUGUUGUUGGCGUGAGUUCGUAUACAGGACAAGGAUUUGACGAAUUUUUGGAGGCAGUGGACAAUAAAGUAGAUGAAUAUAAUGAAUAUUAUAAGGCGGAGCAGGAGAGGCUUUUGAAGAAGAAAGAAGAAGAUAAGAAAAAGAAACAGGCCAAAUCUUUAAGUAAAUUAAUGAAAGAUUUGCAUAUGGAGGAGAAAAAGAAAGACCCAAAGGGUCAAGAUAGUGAGGUACUUUCAGACUAUGACGAUGAAGAAGAUGAUGAAGAAGAUGAAGAUGGAGAUGAUCAGUUACAGGGUCAAGUGUACCCUGAUGAAGAAGAAGAAGCACUAGGUGGUCCGCAAAGAGAAUACACUUUUGCUGAAGAUCGUCAAUCUGAAUUGGAUGAUGUUUCAGACGCGGAUAUUAAAGCUCGGUAUAGGGAUGCAUUUGAGGCUAGAGGGAAAACCGCAUCUUCAAAGACUGCAGAGAACAUUGCAAAUUAUAUAAGGAGGUCGCAGUAG